AUGCAAGCUUCGUUUCCAUCGAUUGUAAUCCGUGGCUCAAGAGUGAGGAUAGGGUCUGAUACCGGCCGCGACGGGCCAUCCGAGGAGCUUGAGAUCCUCCGACGUGCACGCCGAUACGUCACCUCCGCACCGAGAGAAUCCCACUCCGGCUCCCCAAUUCGCAAUCCCUCUACAUGCAUCACCCGGUGCAAAUUGGACAUGACAGUGGGGAACAUGUACAUCUUCUUGAAGUCCCGGACAAGCACCAUGGCCUCGGGCGAGACAACCUCAACACCGACAAACCUCAAGAGCCCGACAGAGGAACCCGGGUACAUAUACUACGCUGCUACGGCACAUAGCAUCAUUGGCAGGUACCAGAGCUACUUUCACGGUAUUCACGAUUACGCUUUGGGCAAAGUCAGGGCUUGCAAGAUCUGCCCGGGGACGGAUGCUACCUACCUAUCCGCAUCACAACGUCGUUCGACCCUUUGGACUGGACGACGGAUGGUCAAUGCGACAAAGCUGCGAUGCCGUGCUUGCCAGCUCUGGUUCCUCGACGGGGUGUCCUUGCGGGAUGUCAGCCUGGCAAACUCGAGGCUUGAGCUAGUUCGGCAGCCAUCAAUUGUACACUACGCUACCCAGCCCGGCCUUGAUAUUAUCGAACCAGAUGAACUCGAGCCAAUGGCCUCGCUUGCUUUUUCAGCAUGAGUCCAUUACAUGCCAUAUGUACU